AUGCUUAAAGGAGUGCUGCAGCAGGACACACAUAGAUACACCCGGACACAGAGAGAGCGAGACAGACAGACAGACACCGAGAGAGGCAUGGCACAGAGAGUCACCCACAGUCACAGCCUGUUCCCUUCUGGCCAGGCUGGGAGGCCCAGGGAUGUACUGGUCAAGUCAGGUAAGACCCAUGCAGAGCUACGCUCCACUCUGUCACUGUGGCAGAACAGCAGGGCUGACACAGAGGCUUCAGCAGAAGCCAGAUUUUGCAGGACAGUGUUUUAUAUGUUAUAGACUUUGUUUAUUUAUGGGAAAGGAAAUUGUGCAAGUAGAGAGAAGGUAGUGAGAUCUGUACAGUAUGUUGAUAAAACAACAUGGUUUUGCGAGGACACUGGAAUGUAUUACUGAAGUUAACUGGAGGGAACUUUGUAGAUACUAGAUGUUGUUAUCUGUUACAAUUGUCUCUACUUAUUAGGGAGAAGGUAUUUUAGAUACAUUUAGGAGGGCUCAUUGUUUGGGCCUGGAAAAGACCAACAUGGAGUGAAAUGUACUGUACAUGUAUGUGUACCUGAGACACAGAGCAUCAGAUCAGUCUCAUAGCAAAAUCCACUGAGGACAGCUAGCUAUGUCUAUAAUUUAUGCAUUGGCACAGCAGCACAGAUCGUCAUGUUAACAGUUUGGGAACGAUGUGCUGGACACACCAAGGUGUUAUCACCAGGCACUAUGACUUCAAAUAGCAAGAUUCAUUCAGGUAAUGUCCUCAUAAUGCUUAAGCAGGAUUUUUUUUGUUUUGUACUCUUGAGUCUUGGGACAUUUACAUGUUCUUUGUAUAGAAGAGCCCCUCCAUCCUCUGUCCAUCAAUUGGACAAUACAGGACCUGUUAUGUGCACAUUGAACUGAUCAAUGGCAGCUCUGUUGUCAUAUAUGUCUCAAACUGUUUGAGCCACCUUUCGCAAACUCUUUUUAUGUGUGUUCCACUUGCAGUAUUUGGAUGUCUUAUUGAUUUAAAUAGCAUAACACCGGGUUCACCUUUGUGUGAUCAAGUCAAAUAAACUGUGCUGCCUGCCGGGCAUGUUUGAACAGUUAUCAGGGGAUUGUGACUAACUGCCCUGAGUACAGAAACAGUAAAAUACUGCACUUAAACAAGCACACCAUUUACUGGGGUCACUUAUUCAAGCAGUAUGUCUGUACCAUUCUGUCUGUAUAACUGAUUCAUCUAGUGACCCUGAGUGAAUAAUUUGCUUAAUUCAACUCUACAAUUCCAUGAAGUUUACUGUAUGUUCUGAAUUAUUCUGAUGGCAUGUCUGGUUAGUGGCCUAACAUGCGUCUUCGUUGGCUUCUGCUGUUAUGUUAGACCCUUGCCUAUUUUAAUGAUAAUGACUUCAUGGAGCCUCAGUCUGAAUUUCAUGGUGUGUCAACAAUCUGUAUUCACAGUGUAUUCUGGGAAAACAACUCCCCCGCAUUGCCCCUUGGGAGACUGGGUGCUCUGGGCAUCUAAGGGGCUACGCUUGCAUUGCCACGACAACAACCAGUGUUCUGUUUGUAUACAAUCUGAAAACUCUUUCACUCUCAGAUUUUUCCUCCCAAGGUGCAUAGCGUCAUAAAACGAGACAGGAAUUAAAUCAUUUCCCUACCCAAACCAUCUGCAUCCACCUCCUGGAGUAACAGGGAAGUAAAUCUCUCACUGAAAAAAUCUGAAUGAGCUUUGGCGAAAGGCAAAAGGAAAUAGUUGGUUGACAGGCCCAGCUAUUUCACAAUAAUUUCCCAAACUCAUUUAUAAUCAAACAAUGUGUAGCCUGCUUUGACUCCAAUUACCACUUACUCAGAAUAUGCAAACAGAACCUAAGUGACAUUAUAAAGCAUUUCAAAGAACAAACAGCGACUCAAACGACAUAUUUCCGUAAAAUGGUUUACUGCAAAGAUUGUGGGAGAAUGAAGAUUGAAAAGGCUCCUGUUUCUCUAGCCACUGUACUGUAGCCUGAGCCUCAUCCCCUACCAUAGACACACAGAGGAAAAUAUGAUUUGCCAUGCUCCUCCAGGGAUCCAUCUAAAUGCAUUGACCCAAUGUAACUGGAUGAUGGACUCAGUGCACAGAGAUAUUACUAACUUACCCAGGGUGCAUCGAGAUGACAUCUAGCAUGUCCUAAAUGUCAAAUCAAUACAACCACAGCCAGGAUUAUAUGACUCAAGAAUUACCGAUUUAUCCUACAUGUCUGUCUCCUAUGUGACUAGGGUUGCAAAGGGAGGGUAUUUUACUGGAAACUUUCUAAACCUUCUUACCAGUAAACUACCAGAAUUUUUAAAAUGUUCAAGGAUUUUAUGUAAUCUAUCACAUCUUUUUGGGUACUUCAGAUUUUUACAGGUGUAUGUAAUUAUCUUUGGCCUUAUCACAUGUCAAAUCUAUGAAGUAAUUCAAUAAGAUUAGAAAAAAACUAAUAGAAUGACAAAGCUAUAAAACAUUAUCCUAAAUAUAAACCAUGACCUUAGUGAAUACCACUGGUUUUUAAUCAGUCUUUCAGCAUGAAAUAUACUAUUUAUUUUACAUACUUUUAUUUAUUUUACUGUCAGUCGUAUUUGAUGUCAAUGUUUUGUCGUCAAACUGGUGGCAGUUGUGAACAAAUUAAAUAGUUGAAAUAGUUGCAGAGUUGAAAAUAAUGCCAUUUGUUGAUUAGAUGCUUUUUUUGUUAUUAGGCUAUUUUCUCUUGAACCAUAUGGUCUAUCUACUAGAAACGUGUGGACAAUAUGGACACAGAUAUAAACAAGGGAACAGUAAAUGUUGUCCCCCACGAAUGAUGGAGCGCCCCCCUUUUGGGCCAAUUGAGAUAUCGUGUGUGACUAACUAGUUUCAGUCAUUACUAUAGCUCCUGCCUUGGGCCAAUCAGUGUAAUUUUGUAAAUGGCAUCUAUGGCAAGAUGCAUCAUUCACUCAAGUUUAGUCAAAAUCGGCCCAGUGCUGUCUGAGAUAUCGCGUGUGACUAAAGAACAAACGUACAGACGAAUGGACGGAGACAGAUUUUAAAAGUUAUCCAAGUAUAAAUGACUAAAUGUACGAUAGAUUGCCAUCGAUUUUCUGUUAAUUACCAAAAUUACUGAAGAAUCCGGUAACUUUGGUAAACUACCGGUAGCUUUGCAACUCUACAUGUGACACUGCAUGUCUGUCUUGAUCUUUUGAGGGAGUCUUGUCUAUUUUUAUGAAGGAUAAGCAAACAUUCACACAGAAGAUUGUGGAUUUGUAUUGCAUAACAAAUGAUGCAACCGGUCUUCCUUUUUUGUUUGUUGCCUCGCUGGCCUCAUAGACUAGAUGUAACAUAGUAAAUGAAAAUCCGACACUCAAAUUAGUAUGAUAUGUUACGUUUGGUAUGGUUACAUAAGACAUAUGGUUACUUAAGGCAAAAACGAAAGUUGGGUGGUUGGUCAGGAUGGAUGGGUGAGAGUAUAACGUGAAUGUCUAGCAACCCAAAUGUUGGGAGUUUGAAUCUCAUCACGGAUUGAGCUAAUUAGCAACUUUUCAACUACUUGCUACUUUUGAGUUACUUUGCAACUACUUAGCAUGUUAGCUAACCCUUCCCCUAACCCUUUUAGCUAACCCUAACCUUAACCUUUUUAGCUAACUCUUCUCUAACCCUAACUUUAACCCUUUAACCUAACUCCUAAACUUAACCCUAACCUUAACCCUAGCCUAGCUGACAUUAGCCAGCUAGCUAAUGUUAGCCACCUAGCUACAAUUCGAAACAUAUCAUAUAUUUUGCAAUUUCAUAACAUAUUUUACAUUUAGCAAAUUCGUAACAUAUAAUACAAAUUGUAAUUCAUAACAUAUCAUACAAAAUGGGUCUUGGACAUACACCAAUUAAUACAUACCAUACGAAACGUAACAUAUCAUACUUAAUAGAGUGUCCCGGAAUGACAUACGUAAUAAUACGAAAUGCUCUGAGACCAGGUUGUUGUUGCUGGUCAAAACGCAUGCACAGGAUCACAAGGCCAGCACAAAAUGUUGCACAUACAGAUGUGAAUGUACACCCAAACAUGAACACACACAGUACAAUACAUACUCUCAGCAUGCAUGUUCAUUAGUAUGUCCUGUAAGUGUUACAUUAUAGCCAUAGAGAGGGAAUGAGUAUUAGUGAUUGUGUAGGGAUCCAGCAGAGAGCUGGUGGACAGUAAGCUGCUUUAGACUUCGCUACUGCUUUAGAAACAUCUCCCUCCAUUUACCUCCAAGGCUUUAGAAGGCAUCUGUGAUUUCAGUGAGUCUGCAUCGCUGGACCAGCGCUCAUAAAAAAACAAUGACCCUGGGCUUCUCUUUCUCUCUCUCCUUCUCUCUCUUUCUAUGUAUCCCUCCCUAUUCUGUGUUGCUCACUUUCUUUAUAUUACUUUUUAUCCCGUCUCUCUCCAUACCCCCGUCUCUCUCAUUGUAAUACUUCUGUUAUCUCCAGCUCUCUCUGUAUUGCUCUCUUUCUUUCGAUUACUUUCUCUUUGAUUUCCUUCUCUGUAUUGCUUUCUCUCUUUCUAUUACUUUCUAUCUUUCCCUCUAUGAAUUGUGUUCUCCCUGUGCUCUCCCUCUCUCACACAGAUGACAUAUCUCUGUAGAGCAACAGGCCCACUCUAUUCAGUAAUUAAUAAUGCCCUUAUAAUCCUCAGACAAACGAGACAGCCUGGGUCACAUGGUUCUGCUGUUGUUCCUUCAGAGUUACUGCAUUGUACACGACUAAAACGCAAUACUUUUAUUGUACUUGUCAAUCUGCUGUUAGUGGCAUUCUGUCAGAAUGAGAAUGAGGCAGAUUAACAAAAUGGCCCAACUAGCAUUUCAAGCAAUGGCCUGAAUUCAAUCACCUGUAUUUGAUAAGGCAACACAGGAACCAGAUUUAUUUUUCCAUCUAAAAUGUGUUGAUGUGUUUGUUACUGUUUCCAAUGCCCAGAUAAUAUCCCGUUGGCCCCAGCCCAUCAACAUCCUGUCACUAGCCCUGAUUGGGAAGUGCUGAGACAAGACAACCACAGCUCAUUUCAUAUUUCUGAAAUAUUAAGUAGCAGAGAUGGUGUCUGGUUGCACUUGAGAAAGAGAGUCAUUGUUCUGAGCUGGCCUGCUUGCGUAUGACAUCUGAUCUCUCUACAGAAACACUCUGGCACAGAUCAGGUGCCUCUUAAUCUGUUUGUUCUGAUGGAACAAAACCCACUGAAAUAUGUGGAAAAUACAAUAGGCUGGGACAUUUGGGACAGACAGUACGAAACCAUGUCUAUGCUUGAAUGUAUCUGUGUAUGUUCUUAUGGGACCAUUCACAUCCUAACGACGGAAGCAACAUUCUAUGAAUGAUCCUAUCACUUCCAUUGAGAGUGCUGCAGAAUGACUAAAUCCCAUUCACGUCACAGAUGUCACUGAGGGAUUGAGUGAUAGUCGCCACACCUUUAUGGAAUACCUAAUAAUUGACUCAGAAAGUUAAGGCUCAGUGAACAUGACAUUCCCGUUGCUUGCGUGUAUGGUUUACAGUGAGCAAAGAAGGUGUAACCUAGCGUGUCAGCAUCUCAACCCAUAGCAGAGAGGGGAAAGGGGGAUAUGGAAUUUCCUCUAGCUCUAAAGAACACAAACGGAGCCAAGUGCCUGGCAGCUCACCUGCCGUUGUUCAGCUGCUGCCCGGCUAAUGUGUGCAAAUGAGCAGGAAUGUUUCCUCAUCUCCUGAGGAUCCAGAGAUUAUUGCCCCAUGAUGGGACUUGGGAACCUCUGCUAUGGACACCUUCCUGUUUCCUUCAGUCACGCCUCAAUUUCUAGUAUACGUUUCCCCUGUUUUGUUUCUUAAUCACUAACAAUGGUGUCUUUCUCUGUCCAUUUCUCCUGUCCUACCCUCUCUCCUCCUCUUUGUCCUCCAGCGUCAGCCUAUGCGGACCUGCAGUGGGAGCAGCAGCCCAGGCAGGAUGGGAGCCACCUACCUCAGGACUACCCUCACAGAGACCAGCCCCCUGUGGCUGGCUAUGUCCCCCAGCCAGACUACAUCGAGGGAGAUGAUGAUCUCAUCAAGCCCAAAAAGCUCCUUAAUCCAGUGAAAGCCUCCAAAAGCCACCAGGAGCUCCACCGAGAGCUGCUUAUGAGCCAGAAACGGUACAACUCCCACCCAACAGAGUCCCAUACAAGAUCUUAA